GUUUACUUUUUUUAUUUACUUUAAUUUGUGUUUAAAUGUUAUUUACUUAUUACAAAAUGCAGGUACAAAACCACAGGAAAUUGAUUUCUACGAUGCUGAAAAUGUAAAGACUAUCGAUUUAACAUCCUUAAUGGAAACUGUCACGGAAAAGAGCGAGAAAAGAACUCCCAUUCCACCGGUAUUCCCCACCCACAUCGUCCCUGAGGUGCAGUACGGUAACGAGAGAGUCGAUAACGAGAAAAUGAGGUCUCCCAAAUUAAUUGAUACAGUUAUGAACAGCGAUGAGUCAACUCUAAAACCGCACAUCACUCAAAGCCCGGAGAGACCAUUAGCUAUUUACUUUGACGAGGGCAAGGUAGCCGCUUCUACUGAAACCAUCACCCGCGCAGAGUCUAACAAUGACAUUCUGCAUUACGAUGAGAAAGAGUUGCCAAAGACUACAGAGGAGACGACAAGUAAGCCUUAUUCACCAGUUUACAAGGACUCCUCAAUGUACAUACGCAAGGAACACUCCAAUUCAAAGCAACGACCUACCGAACCCGACCUAACUCAGGCGCUCCACGAUUACUAUCGCCUCACUCCUAUAAAUAACGAUAACCGCUUCACGUCGGGCCACUCGAAACUUUUUGGCAUAUCCAUGGAAGACGCGCAGAGCAUGAAGUCCACGACACAGAGCACACUGUAUAACACACGCGUCUCACCCACGCUGCCGACGUGGCGCGACAAUGCCGAUUCAACCACUAAAAAAUAUCCUUUAAAUACCAAUUUGGAUGUGUCACAUUGUCGUUCGACUCAUCUGGGUCUGUGCCGCGGUGUACUGCCGUACGACCUAGCGGGGCCAGCAGCGACGCUCGAUGGCAUCGACGUCACCGACCUGCUGCCACAGAUGGAGUACCUCGUCUCCUCGAACUGCAGCGAGCGUACUGCGCACUUCCUCUGCACCCUGCUUGAGCCAGAGUGUAGCCCCACUCCCUACCUACACAAGAUGCCCUGUUAUAGUCUCUGUAGAGCGGUAGCAGAACAUUGCGAUGGCUCGAUACCGCGGGACUUACUGGGCGUGUUCGGGUGCACGCGGUACCCGACGGGAGGUUGUGCAGCGGCGCGGUCCCCGUGCGGCGCGCGCGAGCUGCCCUGCGGUGACGGCAGCUGCGUGCCCAGCCAUUGGGCUUGCGACGGCGCCGCCGACUGCCCCGCCGCCGAGGACGAAGCGCACUGUGCCGCCUGCGCCAGCAAUGAGUUCCGAUGUCCGUCGGGCGGGUGCGUGCACACUCGCUGGCUGUGUGACGGGUACGCGGACUGCCCGCGCGGCGAGGACGAGGCGGAGCAGCAGUGCGCCGCGCGCCGCGACAAUGACGACGAGCAGGUCGCCGAUGCCGAGCCCGAACCCGGCGAGGAGCCCGCGGGCUCCGCCCCAGCCCUUGCCGUGCGCAGGCCCUUCCAAACGCCUAAAGGGUACGCCGACGACUCUGUUCAUCGGAACGGAGAAACUGAAAGCAGUAAGGAAAUACUUAUGACAAGCGAUAGUAAAAACGGCCUGAAACGUAAUUUUACUCGUCGACCGUCGCCCUCCCGCCUCUCGCCCUACAGCCGUCCCAUUAUACACGACACCAAGACACAGAGCAAAGGUAAACUGGACACGAGAGUCAAGACAAAAACAACACAGAGGAAGGCAUCCCGGACCACCCUCCGUACAACCACGACAUCCCAGCACAUGCCAGAAGAUAACAAAGAAAAUGUAAGAGAGAGUAUAUCAGAUAUGGGUGUUCAUCUUGAUAAGUCAAUAAACAACCUAGAGAAGGUAAUAAACGGUGCAACAAUGUUAAAGAAAGCGGGCGAGCCACAAGAGGAAACAGGUGAGUCUGGUGAGGGCAAGGGGGAGGGUGGUAGCGGGGGCGGGAGCGGGGGUGGGGACAAGACGGAGGAGCCGCGCAGCCACCGCGGUACCGGCCGCUACAGCAGCCCGGCGCGCGCGCACGCCUCGCCUUGCCCCAGCGGAGAACUGCGCUGCGUCGACGGCAGAUGUAUUACACUAGCGCAGCUGUGCGACGGCACCAUCGACUGCUCCGACCACGCCGACGAAGACAACUGCUACACGUGACCGUUUUAUAAGAAAGAAAGAAAUUAUCCUUUAAAAUUCUUUUAAAAGCAUCUCAGUCAUUUAAAAACAUCCCAUUUAUAAGUUAACAUAAGUCUUUAGUUAAGAACUUUAAGCCUAAAUUAUAUGGUUAAAUAUUUUAAGAUUUUGCUAAACUUAACGUGGGAACCCACUGGCAUAGUACUUACUUUAUAUUAACAUAAUGCCAUCACUCUCAUUCUCUUAGAAAAAUCAGAGAUGACGAUAUCUUUUUAUAUAGGUGUUUCAGUAGUGGAGACCAACGGCUAGAUUUAACAAUGAAUAAAAAUAGAUUUAGCCCUUUAAAUUAUCCUGAUAUGAAAUACUAAAUUUGCCCCAUUUAAUAACAUUUUAGACACUUAAAGAUAUUCGUUAAAAUUUACAAGUAUAUUAUUGAUUUUAAAACCCCAAGUUUUAAAUGAGAUUAUCGGAUAAUUGUAUCUCGUCGAAAAUUUGCCGUCCAUUUAUAAGAUUUUAUUUAAUUCCUAGAUUAAGAUUUAAAUAAUUUAUAUGUAUAAGCUGUGAUACAACAAUGCAUGUUUUAAUUCGCAUAAUAAUAAGUGAGAUAUAUUAUUUGAAUCAUUCAUUGUCUUUUAAAUUUUAUUACUUUCUUCUAUACUAAAGUUAUAUUUUAAUUUAAGUUUCAUUUACAGUUUAGCUUAUAAAAGAAAAACUUUUUGAAUAAGUUUUGUUAAUUUUUUCUCUACUACUUUAAAUUUUUAAUUCAUUUUAAAGUCCUACUAAUCUUUCCAAACCAUUUCAAACAAAAGAGUAUUUGUAUUGGUUCAAUUGAUUAUAAGAAAAUAUUGCUGUCAUAAUUUUUGAUUCACUUAUAUUCGAUUCCAAACAAUACAAUAUUUCUCAAUUUUAAACAUAAAUACACUAGUUAUAGACCAUUAGAUUAUUCUAACGUUAAGUGUUUGUAAAUAUUUUUACGGUAAAAAUUUAUUUAUAAUAUUUAAUUUAUAAUCAAUAGAAAUUUUAUUCAAAAUUUCAUUGUAAAUUUAAUUUUUUAGUUGCCAGCGAGAUUAAUGAAAUUGGUCUUAAUUUUUUAGUUUAAUUAUUUUUAUAGGUUAGAAUUAAAUAAAAAUUAAGAGCAAAUAGGUAGUAUAGCAUAUUUUAAUUGUUUUGUAACGUGACUCAAUAACGUCCAAAGUAUUGUCAUAAUAAACUUAUAUACUCCAUUACGUAUAUCAUUAUAAUUAAAUAAAAGUAUGUUUAGAUGUAAGGUCUUUUUUGUACUUUUAUAUAAUCUGUCAAAAUACGUAUUA